CCCGCAGGAUCCCCGCUACGGCGGCUCUUUUUGGGACAACCUGAAGCGGCCGGACAUUUGGCUGAUAUUCAUCGCGUUCAUCUGCCAGAGCGCCACGGGUACUAUUGUGGUUUACAACGCAAGCACCAUCUCCGUGGCGUUGACUGGGCACAAGCGGAGCCAGCAGACCUCCGCCCUGUACACCGCGUUUCUCGGCGUGUCCAGCAGCAUUGGGCGGAUAGCCAUGGGAAUGUUCGAGGCCUUUGUGCAGCAUCAGCCCCCCGACAACCGCCGGUUCCUGGUGACGUUCGCGUUGCCCCUCUCACCGUUCCUUGCUGCCGUUGCCGGCGUCUUGCUCCUAACGAUCCCGGGUGAGGCCAUCCUGCUCCCGUACAUCAUCGUGUACUUUGAAGAAGGCGUGUUUGCUGCUGUUGGUGCCGUCGUCUUCCCGUCGCUCUUUGCGAACGACCACGCCGUGUACUACAAUAUUGGCUUUCUGACCACCGUGUUUUCCGUCAUCGGAUUCAACCGCUUUCUCUUCGGCUACGUGGUGGACGCGAAGCACGCCAGCUUGGGGUUUGGCCCAGAGGAGGAGUGCAACGUGGCGGAGUGCGUGCGCCUGCCGCUCAUCGUCGCCACGUGUGUGGAAGCUCUGGGGGCUGUCCUCGCGUUUCUUGUGCACAUCCGCUACAGCCGGUUUGUCCGCCGGAGGCGUUAUGAGGCGGAGUGA